AUGUACAUCGUUGGUGUUGAUGUAGGUGGAACAAAUACAGAUGCGGUUCUCGUACGAAUCGAGCCGGGAAUUUCGCCAGUAAUCGUAGCCACAAAUAAAACAACGACGACUGCCGAUGUAUUUUCUGGUAUGCUUCAUUCUGUUCGACAAGUCGUUCAAGAUGUUGAAGUAACUGCGGUGAUGGCUGGCACGACUCACUUCAUCAACGCUCUUAUUCAGCGACGAAACCUCGCAAAAGUGUGCAUCCUGCGUCUCUGUGGACCAGCUACACAUUCCCUUCGGCCGAUGUCCAACUGGCCAGAUGAUUUGAGGCAACAGGUUGAUGGUAUAACAGCACUGGUCUCUGGUGGAUAUUUCUAUGAUGGAUCGCCCAUUGCUUCUUUGGAUGAAGAGGAGAUUCGUAGGAUUGUUCGACAAGCUCUUGCAAAGAAUAUUCAGUCGUUUUGCGUUUGUGGUGUGUUUUCUCCAUGUCGAUCCGAUCAAGAGAAACGUGUUGCGGAAAUCAUUCGUGAAGAAUCGUCGGAUGUGUACAUUACAGUUUCGCAUGAGAUCGCUGGUCUCGGUUUAAUUGAACGCGAAAAUGUAUCGAUCCUCAAUGCAUGUCUUCGUCCAUUAGCACUUCGUACAAUGAAAGCAUUGAAACAGGCACUCCCACAUGGUUUGCCAUUAUUUCUUACCCAAAAUAACGGCACUCUAUUAUCAUUGGAACAGUGCGCUCGUUUACCUGUUUUCACUUUUGCAAGUGGAUCAACGAAUUCUAUGAUUGGCGCAGCACACCUGACAGGUAUACAGAAUGGUAUUGUUAUUGAUAUAGGAGGCACAUCAACAGAUAUCGGAGUAAUUAUUAAUGGUCGCCCAAGACAAACACACGCAAAAGUUUAUCUAGUCGACGAGAUUCGUGUGAAUGUGAGCAUGCCUGACGUAGUUUCGUUACCCUUGGGAGGUGGUACAGUCAUCCAUAUUGAUGAAGAUAACGAUACGAUUUGUGUUGGACCUGAUAGUGUAGGAUAUGAAUUACAAACACAAGGAUUGGCUUUUGGCGGCCAAACGAUGACUACCACUGACAUAGCUCUAGCUGCUGGAUUGAUCACGAAAAUUGGCCACUCAACUGUAGAAAUACCAACAUCAGUAAUUCGACAAGUACUUGAUCACAUCAAAAGUACAAUCAAUCGAGGAAUUGACCGAAUGAAAACGAAUCAAGAACCAGUAUCUGUCAUUCUUUGCGGCGGAGGAUCGAUCCUUGUUGAUAUCAAAGAAUCAUUUACUGAUGUCACAGAAAUUAUUCGACCACCUCAUUUUGCAGUGUGUAACGCUGUCGGUGCAGCUCUCUGUUCAGUGAGUGGUACCAUUGAGUCAAUUGUCGAUCUUUUACCUUCGUCCAUGGAUGGAGGAUUUCAACGUAAAUUUGAACUUGAUCGAUUGACGCAAGCUGUUCAACGAAAAUGUGUACAGAAUGGUGCGCGUUCAAGUACAAUUCGUUUAGUCGAUAUAGAACAAGUUCCUUUGACAUAUUAUCCAGGUGGAUACAAACAUCGAGUUCUGCUUAACGCUAUUGGCGAGCUUGAUCUAAUGAAAUUAAAAGAGCAACAUCAAGAAACUACAGAGCAUUUUUCGUUAACUGAUGUGUCACAAGAUUUACCAAAAAUCCGUCAGUCGUUGAAGUAUGCAGUGAUAGCCGAUAAACAACCGAGAUUUGACGAAGACGGUGCAUGGAUCAUUGAUUCGACUGAUAUCGAGUACAUUGCGUAUGGUGUUGGCAUAUUAGGUUGCGGUGGUGGUGGCGAAUCAUAUCAUACGAAAUUAUCGUGUUUAGAAAUGUUAAAGACGAAUAAUGGCAAGAUGCGUGUCAUACCGCCAGCUGCACUUCAUCCAUCGUCUGAUUUGGUGGCCGUUAUUGGUUUUAUGGGAGCACCAACAGUCUCACAUGAACAGUUACCGAGUGGCAAUGAAUGUUUACUGGCUAUCGAUACUAUUGAAAAGUAUCUUUCGAAGAAAAUAACAGCUGUAUUUAGCGCCGAGAUGGGCGGCGCAAAUGGCCUUCGGAAUUUAUUAGUUGGAACGGUGAAAAAUAUACCCUGCGUCGAUUGUGACAAUAUGGGACGUGCAUUUCCAAGACUUGAUCAGAAACUACCAUUUAUUCUUGGGCAGAGCGUCACACCUGCGUGCAUGUGUGAUGUUCGUGGACGCACAGUCUUAUAUACAGAGGAAACGAUUAAAGACGCACAUGAAUUGGAAGAUGUUUUAAGAAAAGAAUGCAUUAAGAUGGGCUUAAGAGGAGGAUUAUGUAUGCCACCCCUAACUGGCGAACAAGUUCAAAAAUAUUCAAUACACAAUAGUCUGUCUCGUGCAUGGUUCUUGGGUCGAGCAAAGUUUAGUCACCAGAAAGAUGUGAUCAGAGCAGUGGUAAGAGCAGGCAAUGGUCGUAUUCUAAUAUCCGACGGUAAAGUGACAAACGUCGAACGAUACACUAGCUCUGGUUUUGCUCGAGGCCAUGUUGAAAUCGAAACGAUCUCAGGAAAAUUGAUAACUAUUGAUUUUCAAAAUGAAAACUUAGUAGCUCGAUGUGGCGAUGAAAUUCUUGCUAGUGUUCCCGAUCUAAUCACUUUAGUUGAACAAGAUUCCGGUGAACCAUUGUCAACAGAGACUGUGAAAUACGGUUGUCGUGUCUCGGUGCUUCUUCUCCCGGCACCAGAAUCAAUGACAACACCGCAAGCACUGAAAUAUGUUGGACCUGCUGUUUUUGGUUAUAAUCAUGAGUUUGACAUGCAAUUGUUACCUCGCUCUGCAAUUCAGUCUGUAUGGGAUGUGUAUUACGAAAACUCUUCUGCGUAA